CGUCACUUCAGAAAACUGAACUUACCUAACAGUGAAAGUAGUGCGAUAACUCCCAUGGCGGCUUCUCCAAAUAACCUACUUUCUGAAACUAAAAUCCUAGACUCCGCCACCCAAAACCCCCAAUACAACGGCCAAGAUUCAACCCAAGUAGACCCCCAACCUCUACACGAAGCAAUCCCACAGUCCGAUCCCCAAUCAACGAUCGACGCCAAUCCUGGAGAGAAACGCAAGCGAGAGGACCAAGUCUCGAACAUGAACUCGUCUACCCACCCUCAGUGGAAAACCUCCCUUUGCUCUUACUUCAGGCGUCAAGAUGGGUCCUGCAGCCAUGGUAGCACGUGCAGGUACGCCCACGGCGAGGAGGAGCUCCUCCUGCGGCCCGAUAACACGUGGGACCCGACUUCGGAGCGAGCAAAGAAGGCGAUAAAAGGGGAGAAUGGGGAGCAGUUGGAAGCGAAGCAAGAAGAGGAGCAGGAGGUUAUAAUGACGGAAAUGGUCAUGGAUGGUGAAGAUGGCGAAGAGUGUGGAGACCCUCAAUUGAGUAAAUGCUUGGUGCAUUUGCCAAGGAAAUGGCAUGCGGAUAGUUUGAGGAAGUUUCUUAGUGAACAAGGAAUUACUUUUAAAUCUGCAAAGAAAAAGAAAGGCAUGGUGGUUGGUUUCGUGAGUUUUGAAAGUGUUGAACAGUUGAAAAGUGCAGUUGAGGUACUGGAAGGAAAGACUUUUGGCAACAAGAGUUUAAAGGUUGCAAACAUCAUUCCUCGAUCAUUCGAGAGGAAAGUGAAAUCAGCAAUGGCUGCACAGACUAGUGAAGAUGCAUUGGUUAAGGUGAAUGCAAGUGUUUCAAAUGCUUCAAAUGAGGUUCAAGAUGGUGUGCCAAUUGAUGAUGGUUCUGCACAUGAUGAUUCAACCUCAAAGGUGAAAAGUGCACGCGAUGCAGUCACUCCACUUGCUCAUAUGCCUUACAUUGACCAGUUGGAGCUCAAGAAGAAUUCUGUCAUGCAAAUGCUCAAAAAACUUACUAGAAAUGCACGCAAAGCUUGUCCUAGCGGUGUUUCACUUCCUGACUGGGUUCUUAAAUCUAAGGAGCGAGGUGGUCUUCCAUGUGAACUGGAAGGUAUAAUUGAAUCCCCAAUUGUACAUGGAUACCGCAACAAGUGUGAGUUUUCUGUUGGAUAUUCUCGUCAGGGUAAACCGACUGUGGGGUUCAUGCUGGGAAAUUUUAGGGAGGGUGUGACAGCUGUUGAAGAACCUGUGGACUGCCCAAAUGUUUCGAAAAUUGCUUGCAAAUAUGCUUCAAUCUUGCAGGAAUUUUUGCAGCAUUCAAGCUUACCAAUUUGGAGCAGAUUUAAAAAUACAGGAUUUUGGCGUCAGUUAACUGUCAGAGAAGGAAGAUCGGUUGGGAAGGUUGCAGAUGAAAACUUUGAGUCCAAUAUUUCAGAGGUCAUGCUCAUUGUUCAGGUUUGUUCUGUUGGGAUUGAUGAUGCACAAGUAACCAGUGAGUUUGAGAGACUUGCUCAAGCGUUUGCAGAGGGUGCUGCCACAAAUUCUCCCCCUCUGCCUCUAACAGUUUUUGUUGUUCAAGAUCAUCAAGGAAUAUCAAAUGUGGCACCAACUGAUGCUCCAUUGCGAUCAAUACCCAUCCUGCAAACAGAAAACAGUCGUGGGCCAGAGACAGCCAAUAAUGUUGUAGAAGCAAGGAUUCAUGAAUGUAUAAGCAACCUCCGGUUCUCAAUAUCUCCAACGGCAUUUUUUCAGGUCAAUACUCUUGCUGCAGAGAAAUUAUAUUCACUUGCUGGUGAGUGGGCUGGUUUGGGUCCUGAUACCUUGCUGUUUGAUGUAUGCUGUGGGACUGGAACAAUUGGACUCACAUUAGCGCAUCGUGUUGGUAUGGUUGUUGGCAUUGAAAUGAAUGCUUCUGCAGUUCAAGAUGCAUAUAAGAAUGCCGAGAUUAAUGGGAUAAAAAAUUGUAGAUUCAUCUGUUCAAAGGCUGAGGAUGUAAUAGGGUCUCUGAUGAAGGAGUACCUAAAUGUUUCUGAAGAACAAGAUCGACUUUCAAGUGCCUUAGAAAGUAGUGAGAAAGGAACAUUAAGCUGUGAAGAGAAAGAUUUGUGCACAACCAAUGCACAUAAUGAUGGAGAGAGCUCAUGUCAAGAGCCUGAAAACUGUUCUUCAGAAAAUAACGGAAAAGAGCUCCAAAAUCAACUUCAGGAAAGUUCCAUGUCAACAGAUGGAAAUUCUUUGGUGCAGCAAUUCAAAAAUGUUGUUGCUAUUGUUGAUCCUCCACGUAUGGGACUUCAUCCCACUGUGGUCAAAGCUUUACGAACUCAUGCUCGAUUGCGGAGGCUUGUGUAUAUUUCUUGCAAUCCUGAAAGCUUAGUGGCAAAUGCCAUUGAGCUCUGCACACCACCUCCCGAGAAAGUUGAGAAAGGGAAGAAAGACAACCGGGGCUGGAGGAACAUGAGCAGUGCUGGUUUAGCACGACACAGGGCCAAGUCCAUGCCGAUUUCAGAGCCUUUCCAACCUGUAAAAACAAUGGCUGUUGAUCUUUUCCCACAUACUCCACACUGUGAAAUGGUGAUGCUCUUGGAGCGAUAGUAUGGCCAACACCAAGUCAAACAUGAAUAUAUAUAUAAUGCGGAAGAUUAAGUCCUACAGUCUACCAACAAAACUUUUGAAGCUGAAAAUUGUCUCCUUGUUGAUUGACUAUUGUUUUUUUUUAAAUUCCAUAAUGAAAAUUCCCUGGUUAAGAGAGCUUUCUCCCUUUUUGGGCUCUUUUAGCUAUGCUACUGUAAGAAUUCUUGGAUGUUCCUUGUUCAAACUUUGAAGUUGA